AGCAGGCCUGGCCCGACCCGGGUUGAAGGAGGACAAGCCGGCAGCGCGCCAAGUGAGUUCGGUCGCGCGCGACGGCCCCCGCUCCCCCCACCUGUCGGGUCAAAUUUCAGCUCCGUCGCCGAGGGCUCCUCUAUAUAAAGAGGCGGCGGCCAGGCAGGCAGGGAAAGCGAGCUUGCUUUCUCAGACUGUGGCGAGGUCUUGUGUUUCUCUGAAGGGAAAAAAAGAAGCGCGACGUGGCUGCUGAUCUCUGCCAAGAAAGAAAGCAACAGGUGUCCUUACAUAAUUUUUGCCUUUUUGUCUGGGCAGAACCAUUGCAAUGGCAGCUGUGCCUUCUGCUGGGUGCCUUCUGGCAAAGAACCAGUACUACAGAACACGACUGAAUUCUGACUCUAGUGUUUCUUCAAGCAGUUCAUCUUGCUGCUCUGAACCCACAAACUCCUUGGACCAGGAAAAAGCACAUCAUGGGUUACCUGACGUGUUUGAAAGAUGCUGGUGGAUAAAAAGCUUCUUCCACUGUGAGCCCAUGCCUCAGAAUGUAGGCAGGAAAACAUUGUCAGCCAGCAGUGCUAACAGCUGACUUGGACUCCUACAAUGAUGUUGCACCACAGACUCACUUCUUGAAAGACUUGAGGUCUUCCAGGUGGCUGCAUUCAGUUGUGUGAAGAAAACAAACUGCUUGAAACUUCCCUUGCAGGAAAAAUGCAGAUUUCCAAGGAUUUAUCCAUAGUUUAUUCUUAAGGCAGCCACUGAAGUUUCCAUGUCUGCUGCAGAGUUUUUGAUACUGAACAGGUGUUCUACAUUUCGUAAUGACUCUUCUAUAUCAUUGGAAGAAUGCAAAUGCAAAGACUUGUUAGGCUGGAGUGUCUGCUAAUUAUCCAGCCUUUCCUUUGCAAAAUUGAAAAGCUCUUGCAGACUGUCUGGGGCAAAAUGAUUCAAGGUUAUUUUGUCUUCAAGCACACUCUGUCUUCUUAGCCUUAAGGGACUUGAUCCAGACAGUUGCAAUUAGUUCCUACUGGUUUCAAUGGGACUUAAGUAGUUAUGACAAAUUUGCCCCUUGGACUUCAUUAGGACCUAAAUUCAGCUAACUUAAUCUCAGUCUGUCCCAAGGUUUAAAUUUAGAUUGUUAGCUCACUUCACACUUAAUAUGUUUAGACAAAAAUUGUUCGAAAAUGCCAAAUGUAGAUGUUAAGUUUUAGAAGAAAUCUAGUUAAAGCUUCUUCAUUUAUGGAAUAUUUCAUCAAAUAAAUGAAUUGUAUUUGCCAAACCUAAACAUAUUGCAUGGGAGUAAGUCCCGCUUAUUUAAUUGGAACUCAGUUCAACACCAGUGUUACUAGAAUCUCUCAUUCCCACAUCAGCUAUGUAGAGUGCAAUUUACACCACAUCUAGAUGAUAUAUGCCUUAAUGUAAGUAAAUAAUGUAAGGAGCUGAACCAAAGUACUUGAUUUUUCAUUGACACUUUGAUUGUUCAUUGAUUCUUUCUGGUAGGUCAGAUUUCCACUUUCACCAACUCUAAAGAGUAUGUAUACAGUCUCAUCAGACAAAGAGAUGGGAUUGCUAUAUGAUGCAAAUUUAAAUAUCAGUGUCUUCAUGCUGCAACAUUUUCAUUUGGCAUUUUUUAUUUUCUCAAACUUUAAAAAUGCUGAAAUACUUAUCUACAGAAAUUUCUGUGACACCAUGUGCAUGUGCUCACCAUGCUUGUUUUGCUCUUACGCUACUUACCAUGCCUAGACAUGUGAUGCUUUUAAAAAACUAAAUCUACUGAGAGAAAAUUGAUGAGUGUAGGGUAAGUAAAUGGCAAAAAGGAGUAAGGCAGAAUGUAAAGGAA